GCCAGAAUCCAAUCCAGAUCUAUUAUUUUUGUUCUCAGUUCUGUAGUAUUUUUUAGUAGCCUAGAUCUUUUUACAGACAAUUUUGGAGAGUAUCAGAAGUUAUCAAAUAAGCCCAUAUAUUUAUCUAAGUUGUACUUAAUUUCGUGAUGUACCGGUAAUUUGUUAUGCUGUCAGUUCACCAUAAGCGUCGAAUUGUUGCACCAUCAAGACUAGGCUAAUAGGGAUAAGGGAUUGGAGAUUGGAGUUCGCAUAGGCUAUCGCCUUUUAACAAGGCCUACAGUUGGUGAUUAUAUUCAACUUAAGUUCAAAUUAUAGUCACAAAUAAACCUGCUAAAGUUAGUGGAGGAUAAAUACUUAACGAGUUAAGUUUGUUUAGAAGCUCAGAACUAGCAUUCUAGGCCUACCAUUCCAUUAAAAAUGCCCAACAUUUCUGGAGCUAGCCUCAAUGGCAAUGCAGGCAACAGCUCAUUAUUCAACAGUUUAGAUGACGACGAGGAAUCAUUUGUUGUCCUAGAAAGAUCAACUGCAAAUGACGUUAGUUUACUUGCGGAAGUCGCUCCUCGUAUCCAGCCAACAACUCCGCAGAAUGGACCCAGUUGUUCUUUUCCUGCCUUUAUGUCAACAUCAACCAGCACUUACUUGUCCACAGGAAUGAAUACCAGCGCAAUUUCAAAUCAGGUCCAGAUUGAUCCAAUGGCAAUGCCAUUUGACACCACACACAUUUCUGUAAGUGUCGAAGAAAUCGACAAGCGGUUGCAGGAAGUCCUUCAUGAAAAUAUUAACCUGAAGGAAAACCUUUAUCAGACAAAUUUGGCCAUGAAACAGCAGUUGAGCACAGUAAGACUUUUGCAAGACAAGGCCUUGGAAACCCAAAAACAACACCAGGCUAAGUUUGAAGAAACAAAAGCGUUGAUUUUGAAGUUGGGAUCUGAGAAGAGCGAACUGCAAGAAAAAUAUAUAAAGCUCAGCGAGGAACUUAAUAAAGUGAAGGAAGAAAAUAAAGAACUUAGUGAAAAGAACGUUCAACUGAGCGGUGAAGCUACCAGACUUAUGGGAAGAAAUGGAAACCUCAUGAAACUGUCUUCUAUGCAAGAAGAUAUGAUCAUUUCGGCUGAAAGGAAAAUGUCAUUGCAGGCAACAAACAAGGAGACAGAGUUGAGGGAGGUUGUUGAUCAGCUGACACGCAAGUUGGAGGCCGUUGAGAGGGCUCGGCGCCAGCAGGAGUUUGACAUAGACAAGCUGCAGGCUCAGCUGGCGCGGAGUACUCAGGACUUGACUGAGACACAGCGUCGUCUGGCGCACACCGAGCAGGCGUUGGAGACUGCACAGGCUAUUCCUGUCAAAAGCGAGAACUCCCUGCACUACGGCGAGAAACUUACGAAAUAUGAAGGACUGCUGAAACAGUUCAAGUCUUCAAUUCAAGAAGAGCACUCCAGGUUCAACAGUCUAAACAGCUGGUUGACAAUGACUGAUCCUACUGGCAACUCAGCCCAGUUUGAGAUAACAGAGCUGAGACAUCUUUUGGCUGAAGAGCAAGCUCAGAGCGUCUCUAGAAAAGAGAAGUUGUACCAGACAGUGGCAACUAUUCACGAAAUGCUAGGAGACUUUCAGCAGUUAGGAGAAGAACUUGAACGAGUUAGGGCCGACCAUGCCGUCAAGGAGUCACAUGGUCUGGCAUACGACGAGUUGCAAAAGAAAGGGUUCCGAGAGCAGAUUGACUCUCUGACUGCCAAGCUCGUAGAGAGGGAAGAGGCCCUGGCUAUAUCUGAGAGACAUCUGUCGUCUCUGCAGGAGGCUGUGCGGUUGCAGAACGAUGAGAAGAAGGGGGCUUUCACAUUUUUAGGAAUGUUUGAGGGUGCAGAGAUUGCUACUCUCAAGGAACAAGUCAACAACUUGGUCGGUCAAGUCACAGCUAAAGAUGAAGAACUCAAGGCCAAGACUGACGAGAUGGAGGCGCUCAAGACUGAUAUGCAGAAACUUAGGGUUGACUGUGAUACAAUUCCCGUGCUGGAGGAACAGGCCAAGAUCUACCAGGCGGAUUUUGAGGCGGAGAGGAAGUCACGGGAGACCUUAGUGGCUGAGAAGGAACGACUUGUGGAGGACUUGAGGCACUUGCAGCGGAGGAACCAUGAGCUGAUAGACGAGCUGAACAACUCUCGUGGGGAGACUCCUGCGCAGCCCAGCGCUCCAGCUGUGCAGACCAGGGAACCUGAGAGAGAAACACCAUCUCCAGUUGAUCCACAAAAUGAAACAGCGCCACAGAGAUUCUUUUGCCCUAAUCCUGAAUGCAACAAAAUGUUCACCACGAUCGAUCCGCUACAGCAACAUGUCAUCUCUUGUCUCAAACUGGAUGACUAAUUGAACGACAAAUUGGACGACAUAUUUCAGCAAGGCUGUGACGAGCAAACUAAAGAUUUUUUCACCUAUUGGUUCACAAGUGCAACGAUUUACCCGAGGGAUUUUACAGAUUCCUCAGUAGCUUGGAUGGUAACAAAUUAGGUUUAUUACUUUUUGGGUUGGUAAUUAUUUCAAAAUAAUGAAAUUGUUAGAUUGAACCAAUGUUUUCAAAUGAAACACAUCACAGAAUUAGUUCUCAGGUUAAUUUUACAUGUUUAACAAUUUCUUCUAUAGUUUUGUUGUUUUUUACUUUAUUGACCACUGUUAGUUGAAUAUAGUUGUUCUAUAAGAAUUGUUCUUUGAACUUAGGUGUUUGAACCUCUAAAGCCGUUUGAUUGCCUCAUUAGGAACACAAAUUAGAAGACUAUUUAUUUUGAAAAUGGUCUACCUGUCUACCUAACCGUGGAACCUUGAUAACAAGACUAUCGUGGGGAUUAUUUAAUAAGACAUGUUAUCAAGGUGGACUCCUCAUCAAAGUUUGUAGUGACAUGUCAUUAAUGGUCAAAUAAAUUCUAGGGGCAUUAAAAAUUACACUUGUUAUCAAGGUUGAUUUAUUAUCAAGGCACCACUGUACGAGUUUUUAAAUUAAUCAGUUCUUAAGGGGUUAGUUGUAAAUGUAUUUUAAUAUAGAGGCAAUUUUAAAAACCAUCUAACAACUUGAGUUGAUAUCUAAAUUUUACUUUGGAAACAUCUUAGGGUCCCUUGAUCUGUUACCAUCCCUGAAACUAGGGUUGAAAGUUUUUACUAAGUGCAAUAAAAAGCAGUAUCUUCUAAGAGAUUUUAAAUUUUCAGGCAGUUUUAGUAAGUAUUUGGGGAGACUAGUUGAUAUUGUAAUUAAUAUAUUCCUAAAGAAGCAAAAUAUUGUCACUUAAAAAAAAAAUUAAGAAUCGUAUAUUAUUACAAUUAUUUCUUUUCUAUUGGGAUUUGGCAUAUGAGCAUCUAUUUAGAUUUGCUCUUUAGAUAAAUGGUGCUAGGGUUAGAAUUUUAAACAAAGUAUAUAUUUUGUACCUACAAAUUAAAAAAGAAACUAUUUAUGUAGGCAUGUAAUAUUAGAUAACACUUAAUAUUUAGGAUUAUAAUAUGUAAAAUGUGUCUAAUUUUAUCGUUAUAUCACUAUUAUGAUUUUUAACUUUUCACAGAUCAGAAUUUUAAACACUUUAGCCUAUUUUAUGUAAUAUCAAUAUAUUUAUGUAAUUCUGACUUCACCAAUCAAUGUACUGUGCUAUUUAUUGUUUUUACUAAACCAAACACCUAUACUGUAUUUUAAUUAUAUGUCAUCAUCUUGUUAAAUUUGUUGUUCCAUAAUAUUUGUCUAAAAAUAACGUAAAUAAUCAGUUGACUGUGUUUUUAGUAUACUCGAUUUUAAAAUGAAUCUUUGCUUAUUUAAUGAUUUAUUUUAUGAAUGUAGAGUUAAUGACAUGAAAGUGUUAUUACUUACCAAAUCUCUCUGAAGUUUUUAUCUAAAUUCUAAUUGAAUGAUGGCAGGCUGGACCCAGUUUUUAACCAUCAAAAUUUUGUUUAAAAAUAAGCUAUUCUAUUGUAGACUAUAGCUAAAAAAAUUACUCUAUGAAAAGUAGGCCUACAUAAUUAGAUAUUUUAGUGCUUUAUGUAGCAAUUGAAAUAUAAAAAAAACACUAUAUAAGUCAAUAAGUUGAUGACAAACUUGAAUGUUUUAAAGCAAUCAUUAUAUUGUUUCCUGUUCACUUUCUGUGUUUAUUAACUACUUCAAACUACCUCUAGAGAGGUUCACAUUACUUUGAAAUUUUCUCCAAUUCAUUUCUGUUACACUUUACUGAAAAAAAUAUUGACCGAGUCGGAUUAGGGAAUGUACUUUGACGUAGGCCUGAUAAAAAUUGAUUUACGUUCCUAAAAUGCAUUUGCUCUUACAAUGCGUUAGAAAAUCAAUUGUAACAUUUCACUAGCCUUCUACAUUAUUUGUGUUUAUUUUCAAUGGCAAGUAUUUAAGUUUCAGAGUGGCCAAAGAUGGGGAAUUAUGUGUGGAUUUUAAGAUUUCACGGGAAAAACUGAUUUUAGUGCAAUAUUGUUGUUACAUGCAGUAAAUACAAAGGGUGUAACACCCAGCAACAACGUUCUGUAUUUUUGCUUGCACAAAAAACGACUGCUAAACAUUCUGAACAUUGCACGGCAAAUUCGUGAGGUCUCAGUGAAAUUGUGAACAUAUUGUCUGCGGUCAUAGUCAUAGUCAUAGCGGUCAUUAUCCGCUGUCACAGCGAGUGAAAACACCUUCCGCAGUCACUGUGACAUCAUCGUCUCUCACAAUUUCGGCAAAAACCAUCGCUAUGAAAUUGUCAAUUUUUGAUCACUCAUCUUCUCAAAAGUUUACCGCUAUAACAGAAAUAAACGCUCAGCUCAGUUUGACUCCAUUCAAGCUUGGCCUGAUAAACAUUUCUGAUCCGAACUGACUCUUCUGCCCGAAUUUUGGUUCAACCUGAAAAUGUCUGGUUCCCACAGACCCCUAAAGUACACUUGGCGACCGAAAAACGAGGAUAACGGAAAAAUGUGUGCAUUUUUUUGGGGAUCCUAUGGCCACCCUAAAGUCGUCACCUAGCCCAUUUCUGAUACAUCUAGCCUAUUUAUUGUAUUAUCUUGAUACCUCACAAAACUUCCGGGACUAAACGUUUCCAGUUAAUCACUAUGCCUUAAUAGGCCCAAGUUCACGGCUAGGAAAUAUUUCUAUUAUCGAUUUCAACUUUGUUAUUGCUCAUGUGCGAUAUCUUAGCCCUCCCAAAUUUAUACUUUUUUAAACCCAAUAGAAGCUCAAUUUCGAGACUGUUAGUUGUUGACUUUUCUAAAGAGAUUUAUGUGAUUUUAGCCUAGUACCUCGUAUACAUCAUGUGUUAUUUCCUUUUAAUUUUAUAAUUUGUUGUUUAGUCAAAUAAUGUGCCAUUGACUAUUGGAUACUGAAGUUGUAUCAAUAUUCAAAAGAUUACGUAUUCCUUUAAUGCAUUUUCAAGUUAGGAAAAUUUGACUUUAGUGAAAUAAAGCUGAAUAAGGGAUGCAUUUAAACCAGAGUGGCAUAUAUUUGAGUUUGACAAUAGUCGUUGGUUGUGUUGGUAGAAAAAAAUCAUGGCCUAGUAUAAUUUUUAAUAAAUACUGUUGAUUAUCUUGACCUUUACCAGCCUACAUUUUUUUUGGUACUGUAUGUGUUGUGUUUAUGUAACGGUUGGAUUGUUGAUUUAGUCCAUUACCCUUUAUAAACCUCAGAUAUUUUGACUAAUCAAAGUUUUUAUCAUAAAAAACUAUGAAAUAAG